AUGGGAAUCAAGAACAGCUUUAACAAGAGCAAGCGUGAAGCAGGGAAGGAUUGGUUCCAAUCGUUUUUGAGAAGGCAUCCAGAUCUUUCAAUACGGAAGUCGGAAGGACUAUCUUUAGCGCGUGCAGAAGGGAUGAAUAGAAUUGAAGUGAAGGCUUUCUUCGACCUCUUGUUGAGAGUACUGGAUGACAACAAGCUCCAUGGCUGCCCAGAUCGCAUAUGGAACAUGGAUGAGUCUGGGAUCCAGCUAAUUAAUAAGCCCAAUAAGGUUGUAGCAUCCAAAGGCUCGAAAGUUGUGCACACAGUUACGCCCUGCGAAAGAGGGAAGAACAUCACUGUGGUAGCGUGCGCCAACGCGGAAGGACAUUUUCUGCCGCCGGCAUGCGUUCUGAAGGGAGUCAAUAGGAGACCACGUUUGGAAGAAGACUUGCCUCCUGGAUCAAAGGUGUACUUGAACCGGAAGUCGUCGUUCAUUACCAGUGAUAUUUUCAACGACUGGGUUAAAACUCUAUUCUUACCGCGCAAGCCACAAGGAAAGGUGCUGCUGAUACUGGACGGCCAUUCAUCCCACAUGAGUGACGUGGAGAUGCUCCAGUUCCUGGACAACAAUGAUAUAAUUCUUUUGUGCUUGCCCAGCCACACUACCCAGGCACUACAGCCCCUUGAUAGGUGCUUCUUCAAACCUCUGAAGACGGCGUUUCAAGCAGUUGCCGAUGCGUGGAUGCACAGCAAUCCUUCAAGAAAGAUUACCCGAGAUCAUUUCGGCAGGCUCUUGUCCAUGAAGAAGGGCUCUUGUCACACGGCUUGUCACACGGCUUGUCACAAGGCUUGUCACAAGGCUCUUGUCACACGCCUGGGGUCGCGCUGCCACACCAGCGAUCGGCGUGUCAUGUUUCAGAGCGACGUGAAUACAUCGUUUUAA